CGACCAUUGAUGGAGACAAGAGCUGAUUGGGUGGGGAGAAGUAUGUAUAUGAGGGUUUCAUCCAGGAUGCAUACUGUAGUACCUCAGUAAGUCCAAUCCAUCCAUUGCAUAGUCAAAAAGGAUACCAGGUACUACCUAGGUAGUUAAAAUGCUAGGUAGUAGGGUGGUUGGGCUUCUAUGGGCGGGGUUCAGGCUUGAUUUUCACAAUUUCCCUCUCCCUGCGCUGAGAAACAAUCCCUUUCGCCUCCUCCGAAGUGCAAAGCAUAGCGUGAUCGGCCAUGACACCAAGGCACUCAGUAUCGUUCAGGGGUCCCAAUGGUGGAAUGCAGAUCGGGUAUAAUCGAUCUCCAAUUCGGGUCGAAUUCCAUUCUCACGCGACAUCGUGCGCGCCGACGGACCUUGAUCCCCAACGGUUGAUCGAGAACGUCCGAGCCUGGCUGGCCUGGCUGUCGCCCGAGGACUUCUCGGCCAAACAGGAUGAUCUGCGAGCCGAAUGGCCCGACAACGCGGGGCGAUGGCUUCUCGACGACGCCCGGUUCCAGCAAUGGGUGCGAAGCGAGCCGGGGAUCCUCUUUUGUUAUGGCAUCCCCGGCGCCGGAAAGACCAUGAUGGCCGCCGCGGUGGUGGAUCACCUGUUCCACACUUUUCGACGACGGGGCUCGCGGGUCGGGAUCGCCUACUGGUACUGUACGCCACAGCUGCGAGCGCAGCAUCUCGGCCGAUGCUUCGGCAGCAUGCUCAGGCAGCUAAUGCCUCGGCUGCCAAAGCUGCCCCGGAGCAUGGAGCUGAUGUAUGCCGACUACGUCGAUCGUGAGCGGCGGCCCUCGCCGGCGCACGUCCAGGAAGUGCUCUGCGAGGUCAUCACGGCAUAUGACCGCGUGUUCCUGGUGGUGGAUGGCAUUGACGAACUGUCCGGGCGGCAACACAGUCAGCAAGAAAUGCUGGAUCGGCUCUUCGCCUUGCAAGAACGGACGCAGAAGAAGCUUAACCUGCUUGCGACCUCGCGUCCUCUUCCGGAGAUUGUCGCACGGUUUGAGGAGAAGGAGAGUGUCUGUAUUGAGAUCCAAGCGCAUCAACAGGAUCUGGUUUGUUAUGUCCGGGAAAGGCUCUGUCGAUUGCCGUAUUUCGUACGCGGCAAUCAGGAGCUCCAACAGGAGGUCAUAAAGAAUGUCACCCAGAAUGUAGAGGGGAUGUUUCUACUUGUCCAGCUGCGGCUUCACGCUUUGGCAUCAACAACGUCAGUCUCGAUGUUUCGAAAGAAGUUGCGCCAAUUCAAAGAGGGAGGCGAGACCUGUGAAGAUUUAUAUGAACAUACCAUGCGCAGAAUCACUCAUAAGGAUGGUGGUCUCCGUGACGAUGCUUGGAAUGUCGCCCAGAGUGCGAUUUUCUGGGUUUUGUGGUCCAGAAGGGAGUUGACCAUACAUGAGGUACGACAUGCGGUUGCCGUCCAUCCCGACUGCAAUCCAAUCAGUGAAGAUGACAUACCUCACAUUGAUCUUAUCCUUUCUCUCUGUGGUGGCCUCCUACAGAGGGGGGCCACCAGUCAAAAUGUGGAAUUUGUCCACUCCACCGCUCGGAAGUACUUCGAGAAAACCUAUUCCGAGUGGUUUCCGGGGGCCAAGGACAAGAUUGUGAAGACAUGCCUCACAUAUUUAUCCUAUCCAGCCUUUACGGGCGUGUGCAAGGAUCAACAAAGCCUUCAAGAAAGACUCGAUGCCUAUCCACUGUAUACAUAUGCCGCGCAAAACUGGGGAUAUCAUGCUUGUCAAUGCUCGGACUCUCUGACAGGAUAUAUCAAAGCCUUUCUAGCCCGUGAAGCACAGGUCGACGCAUGCAGUCAGGUGCUGAUGCUGUUAACUUCCAACAUGACAGACCGGUAUGCUUCGCGACAAAUGCUGGCACCCCACCUAGUGGCCUACUUUGGGCUGGACCGGGUCGCGGAAAGCAUGGAAUUGAGUGAAAACCCUGCGUUAAAUUCCCCCGACGCAGAUGGAAGAACACCGCUGUUGUGGGCUGCACGGAAUGGACACACCGAAGUGCUGACCAUGUUCUUACAGAUGCAGAAUGUCGAUCUCAAUCUACCAGACAAGGAUGGACGAACCGCAUUCUUGUGGGCUGCAGCAAAAGGCCAUACCGCCGUAUUAGAAACACUGUUGGCGACGGACCAGAUAGACAUCUACCAUGAAGAUGUCCAACGGCGGAACGCAUUGACUCGUGCUGUCAUUAAUGGCCGAACGGAAGCCGUUCGGCUUUUACUUGACAGAUGCCGCUUCGAUAUCAACUCCCCAGAUAGAGAACGACGUACAGUCCUAUGGUGGGCGUCAGCCAAGGGGCAUGGAACAAUACUCGAACAGCUCCUUCCAAGAUGCACGGCCAAAACGGUCAACCGGAAAGACAAGCAUGGAUGGGAUGCACUGACCCGUGCAGUGUACCGAGCUCACCAGCAGGUUGUGCAUGUCCUGCUUACAAGCGAUGCGGUCGAGCCAGAUCAUAGCCGCAAAGGCCACACACCAUGGUGGUGGGCAAUGAAGAACAAAGACAGCACUAUCGCAAAGGCCUUCAUGGAUGCGCUGGACAGGAAACGGAUUGAUGCCAAUACCAUAUGCGUUGGCAAGCGCACCGCGCUCUCUUGGGCCGCGGGCAUGGGCUGCGAGGAGAUAGUGCGCGAAUUACUUGAUCGAACCCCUGAACCGGAUGACCUCAACACCAACAACAACGGAAGAACCAGAACAGCGCUAUCCUGGGCGACCGCCGGGGGUUGUGUUUCAGUGGUGAAGUUGCUCCUUGAGGCACGUGGUAUCAAUCCGAACCAAGCUGACACCAAGAAGCGCACGCCGCUCUGGUGGGCUAUUGCCAACAAUAAGGUCUCGGUAGUGCGACUGCUCUUGACAAACCCUGCAGUGGACUUCAAUGUCAAGGAUAGCGUGGGACGAACGCCAUUGUCAUUGGGCGCUGGCCUGGGGCGUUCGGCCAUCGUUGCUCUGCUGCUUUUGCACCGAGAACGUCUUCAGAUCGACGUAAACGCCACGGACAAGCAUGGGCGGACGCCGCUCUCAUGGGCCGCGAGGAAUGGCAAUGGACAUGUUGUCCAACGGCUCCUCGAAGUCGACGAUGUGGAUCCGAAUGCGGUAGACGGACUCCGGCGCACACCCCUCAUGUGGGCCAUUAUCAACGGCCAUGCCGAAGUGGCAGAGAGAGUGAUAAUUGACGGAGAGCCCCUCGUUCAACUUGACCGGGUCGACCGGAAAGGCCGUUCGGCCUUGUUCUGGGCUGCGUGGGCUGGGGAUGCAGCCACGAUCUCCCUUCUUUCACAGAACCACGGGGUAGAUUGCAAUAAACGGGACCGAUCCAACGAGACGGCCCUGUCGGUUGCGAUCAGAAAAGGCUACAGCGAAAGUGCUCAAAGCCUUCUCCGAAACUACAGCGAGAUCGAGGUCAAUGCGGUAUACAAAAACGGUCUGACUCCACUACACCUCGCUGCGCAGCGUGACGAUGGCGCCACAGUGAACCUGCUUCUGCAAAAGGGAGCUGGCUUAGAUCGAUGUGAUAUCUUCGGUCGAACGCCCUUGUUCUUGGCCUGUGGAGUCCCGGGCAGGGUUCUGUUCUCUUUCCAGGGAAUCAUCGACCGGGUCAAUCCCAUGUUAAGAGAGGAAUCAUCCCUCUGGAGUCUACUUGAUGCAGACGCGAACAUGAAUCACCAGACCGAGGACGGCUGGACACCGCUACACAAUGCAUGCAGAAAGGGAGAUUCUGCAGCAGUGGACGCCCUCUUCCUCUACGGAGCGAAGGCUCUAUUCCCGGACACGCAGUCCAAGGCGCCUCAACCCCUCGCAUUAGCAUCGCGACACGGGCAUCUGAAAGUUGUGGAACGAUUACUGGAACAUCCCAUGGCGCAAAGGAUGGAUCUAGAAAAGGCCUCGAAGAUUGCACGCGAUGGGCGCCAUACGGAGAUAUACCGAUUGCUUCAGACUCAUAUCGCUAAGCAUCAUGAGAUUCAGCACCGACUGGGUCUCUAUCCCAAGCAAGGACAGUAGACCAAGAUUCUCCGGCCAUUGGCAUUGGUUUCCAACGCGAAUCCCCCGCAGGAUCGAUCAGGGGCCAUCCGCCUCCCAUUACUGCGGAUGACCACCAACUACCUGUACGAGGAAAAAGAAAGAAUUGGAAACAUUGGAUCACCGACUUCAUACGUUUGUGGAAGGACAGAAGGAAGGCCAGACUGGUGAGAUGGAGGCAUCGAUCGACAAAUUCCAGGAGACGGUGAUUUGUAUGAGAUUUCAAAAUUCCUACAAGAAAUUCUUUUGCUAGUCCUUGUGUCUGCUGAGAAGGAUUUCUGAUAGAAAAAGCACCGUCUUAGCAUCAGAGAGUUCAGCACACUUUAAGGACUCUUACGGGC